GCCCACUGUUUGAGGAAACUGUUCUUCACGUUGUCGUUGUGUACUGUAGUGAGAGACAACUGUAGAAAGCUGUGUAAAGCUCUAGAGUCACAUAGCGCUCAAUGAAUCUUUCCUCCAGACUUCUUCUGUGACUAAACGCAGAACUCUAAAGCGGUUUCUCUCUGGGAGUCAAAGCUCACUGGGAGGCGAGUUCCCAUCGCCUCUGUUUUUCCAGUGACGCUUUCUGAACGUGCAUGCCUGCAGUUUCCGGGAUCAGCCAUGAGUGAGCUGGAGAUGACCCUCCCCUUGAGCCAGGACAACUUCGAGCAGCUCUGGAGUGAUGUGGGCUCUAACAUGGGUUUGAAUCACCUGCUUGCAGAGCUGCCAAGAGCAGACAGUGAUGCCUGGCUCACUGCUGCCUUGCCCGAUGGCACCUUCAAUGAGAACUUUGAUGACCUUGAACUCUCUGAGGCCCCUGAGAGCACUGACAUAGCUGCUGUAAUGUCUCCGGCCCUGGACAGCCUGCCCCCUCCAGCUGCAGUGGUACCUUCCACUAGUGACUAUCCUGGAGAAUAUGGCUUCCAGCUCCACUUCAACCAGUCCAGCACAACCAAGUCUGUUACCUCUACGUAUUCCAAAACUCUGAAUAAACUGUAUUGCCAGCUGGCCAAGACGUGCCCGGUUGAUGUCUUGCUGACAAAAGUUCCUCCUCAGGGAGCAGUGCUCAGGGCCACCCCCAUUUAUAAGAAACCUGAGCAUGUGUCGGAGGUGGUGGUGCGCUGCCCUCAUCACCAAAAUAUCGCUGAGAAUAAUGAAGGCGUGGCUCAUCGCAGCCAUCUUAUCCGUGUAGAGGGGAGUCAGAGGGCUCAGUAUCUAGAGGACCCCAAUACGAAGAGGCAGAGUGUUACCAUUCCCUAUGAGGCUCCUCAGCUGGGGUCAGAGGGCACCACCGUUUUGCUGAAUUUUAUGUGCAACAGCAGCUGUAUGGGAGGCAUGAACCGCAGGCCCAUUCUUACCAUAAUGACUCUUGAAACACAUGAUGGGCAGGUUUUAGGUCGACGUUGUUUCGAGGCCCGUGUGUGCGCCUGCCCUGGCCGUGACCGCAAGACCGAAGAGGAAAAUCCAAACAAAAAAUCUUUGAAGACCGCCACAAGAAUUAAGAGAAAGUCUCCAGGCAUGGAAUCUCAGGUCACUCCUAAUGCUGAAUCAAGUAAAAAGAUCAAGAUUGACUCCAGUUCUGAGGAGGAAAUCUAUAUUUUGCAAAUUCGUGGGAGAGACCGAUUCAAUAUGCUAAAAACAAUUAAUGACAGUUUGGAAUUAAUGGACAUAAUGCCUGCUGCAGAUAAAGACAAAUACAGACAGAAAUGUACCUUCAAGAACUUGAAAAAGUGUGGAAAGGGCCCUCAACAGCUAAGCCAUGGGAAAAGGCUCCUUCAGAAAGAUGAGAAGACCGACACUGACUAAAAUGAGUUGUUCUGUUUUAUAUUAAUUUUUUGUUGUUGUGGGGGGGGGGGGGGGGUUGUUUGUUUUUUUUUUUUUUUUUUUUUAAAUUUUAUAAAUACCUUUUUCUGUUCAGCGUAUUCACUGCCUUAUUGAAACUUAGAGAUGGGUGACAAAUUAAAAGAAUAAACAGCCAGCCUAAACAGCUUCAGUGUGUGUUGGUAAAGAUUCUAUAGGUCUCUUGGAACUGUACUAGAGCAACAGAUCACCAUUUCCCCAAAAUAAAUUGGUGGGGUUUUUUUAGAUUGUGGUAUUGAUUUAGUGACCCUUCACUCUCAAAGGACAGGUGGACCAUAAGGCCACAAAAAAGCCUUCACCCCAUAACAGAGCUGCAGUUUUCCCCUUGAAUUUGUCACCUGUCUGUGCUGUAAGCUUUCCUAGAUUUUAUCAGUGCUCCAUUUUGUUCCUACAUUUUGAUGAAAAUACUUUGUGAUUGGUAAAAUGGAUUAAAAUUGCAGUAAUGGAGAAGCUUUUAUCAUUAAUGCUUUGCUAUAGGUGAUCAUGUGCUAAUUGUCAGUUCUCUAAGGUCAGUUUUUGAAGUGGGCAGAUGUUCGAGUAUUUUCCUAUGUUCAUCUAGUUUUUUUUAAAUUUACUCUAGACAUUCCAGAUAUAUUUUUUACAUGACAAACCAGUUUUUGUUAUUCUGAUGUUUACGAAGAACUGCUUUUUUCUUUUCUUUUUUUUCUUCCUUUUUUACUGUAGGCACACUUCCUUGUUUAGUGAUAAGUACAAGUUAAGCCACGUUUAUGUUCACAUACGCAAAUCUUCACAGCAGAUCAUUUGACUGUACUUUUUAUAUUUUUGCUAUAUGAAAAUUGAAUAUCAAGAAAGCAAAUAAACCAAUAAAAAGAC